GACACUGCGGUUGAGUGUUUGGGAGCGCCAGGGAGGCUGACCGUGCCGCUGGAUUCCACCAGGUGAACCAAAAGUGAUAAAACCUAUCCACUUAUUAUAAGGCGCAGAAUAUUAGAUAUUCCCCCUGAUAUUUAUGUUAAGUGUUUGGUCCAUUUUCCUCUGUAAGCCACACCCUUUUCCUAGGUCUCUUACUCCCCUAGCCGCACGUGCUGUAGGCCCCUAGCAGAAACUCUUGUGAAAAACAGCAGGCUUAAUUUUUUUUUUAUUCUCUACCUAACACUUCUAGCGUUCUUAUUCAUUCCAUUUCAUUGCAGACCAAUUUAUUUGGUGUUUUGUUUUCACGGUGCUCUUUCCUAUCUUCACCUUUUUGCAUGCUGUUGUGAUUCUGUUUCUUGCAGUUCACCGAGAGACCCCAAGGAGAGCUAAGUAGUAGAGCGACAACCGAGCAGCCGGUGUCACCAGGUGACCCACGAGGCUAUCCCCUGUCAAGUCUCUAUUUUGGGCCGACCCUAAUUGGACCCGCCUCCCUGUCUAACUGUCUGCAUCAGUUAGCCAAAAUUCUUAGAGACGGCAUAGCCGUACGAUAGCUCGUUAACCAGAGAACGAACUUGCAUUGGCCUCUUUGUGUGUGUGUUGUGCUUCUCUUGUCCGCAGUGAGCCAAGAUGUCGCGUGCAUCCAGUCCCGCAGUCCCUUGGGAUCAGCUAGCGACAUGGCUGGAGACGAUGACGACCUCCUUCCUGCCAAAGGACACCAGUGACCUGCAGCAUUUGAGCCAGGGACAACUGGAUACUGAGAUGGACCAGCUGAUGGCGAACGAUCCGACGCAGAGUUACACCCACAAAGAACUUGCCAGGAUCACAGGGACCCUAGCUCACCUCCUCAUCGCCCAGGCAAGGAUCAGCGAAAGGAGCAACCACGACUUGGAGCAGGAAGCCGCGGCUCUGAGACUUCGAGUGGAGGAAGCCCUACAGCAUCAGGCCCACACCCAGAGUCGUCUAGAUAAGCUACUUCUCGAGACCCAAGACCAGCACGAGAAAGAGAACGCUACAGAUCCAGAACUACAGAAAGAAGUGGAAAGACUUCAAAAUGCCCUGGAGAAUCUUCGUCUGGACACAGACCAAAGAGAACAUUUGGAGAGAGAAACCCGAGAGAGACUCGAGGCAAAGCUCCGACAAGGUGACGCUCUCCUUGAAAGGGCUGAAAUCGAACUGAAAGAAAGAGAUGCUAAAGUGAAGGCCUAUGAAAAUCACCUGGAAAUGGCCCGAGCUGAAAUCCACGACCUUACACAGCGUAAAGACUCUCUAAUAGAUGAACUUGACAUGGUUCACAGAGAACUGAAACAUUCUUAUAGCCUGCAACGUGAACAGAAAGAGGAAACACACUCCACAGAGUUUCCCCUGGCCAGUGAACCCCAGCGUGUCAGCCAAGAACUUCGAGCUGGAAAAGGGGGUGAAAGCCUGCUUUUCAAAAUGUCACCAGCCAGCCUCCACGAACCCCUGUCAGCAGUGGGGGAAGGAAAACCCUUCCAGAAAGUCCGGGUCACCAGCCACGGACACAUAACUCCAAAAGAACUGGACAAGCUGGCUAGAAACAUCCCUACGUUCAACCCAGAUCCUGCAGGAGGCCACGACAUUCACGCUUAUUUACAAGAUAUAGACUUUCACUUGCAAACUGUCACCAACGUAACCACUUGGGACAAAUUGUACCUGCUCAGAAUUACGUCCAGUCGUGAGGUACGCAGUUUCUUAGACCGUCAACCAGAGACUGUCAAAAUGGACUACCAGCAACUGCGAAAAGCUUUGGUGCGUGAAUUCUCUGAUCCAGAAUCAGACCAAGGGCUAGUAACCGCAAUGGACCUCAAGCAAGGUCGACUUGAAACCCCACCAAAUUUCUACAACCGACUGCGACGUGCCUACUUCGGAGCGAGGAAUGAACCAGGCAUGGAGGAAGACGUCAACUUCCGAACUUUGUUUCUGCGAAACCUCCAUCCUACUGUCAGCCACCAUUUGGGAGUGUUAGCGUGCCCGCGUAGCAUGUCAACGCAACAGUUACGUGAUUUAGCACAUAAGGCCUACACCAAACAAAAGACUGUGUCAGAAAAGACUGUAAAACACCCAACUAUUUGCUCUGUCUCUGAGUCCCAUUCAGAGUUGACCCUAGAGGGCGCCCAACAGCACCCCAGUUAUACACCCAUCAACCGAGAGUCAAGACCGUUCCAAGCCAGCAGAGGGCAGCGCGGUCGCGGUGGUGGUGCCCGUCCGAAGCACCAGAACGACCGCUCUGGAAUAUCCUGGGACCGGCCUCGCCCCUCCCAUAACCAAAAGGGGGGGGCCACCUGGGAAGCCGGCCGGCGACCCAGAACUAGCCAACCUCCAGCCUCCAGAACACCAAGCCCAGGGAGGCGGGAGGGGGAACACUCUCGACGUGAUACUUGGAAACUCAAGGCUGAGCCCACAUCUAAAAAGGAAAGUGCAGCCACAUCCGAAGCUGCAGAACUUCUGAGAAUACUGAGAGAGUUCCUUCAACAGAAACCUCACAAGGAGGACAAGAAGGAUAAACCAGACACCGCAUGACUAAACCUUAUGCCUGAAACCAGCACCACUCCCAACGUCUCCACAACUGAACCAAGCACACAGAACACUGUUUGUCAAC